CCCAACAGCCCGCUCUUCCCGGCACUGCAGCUAACGCUCGCCGGCAGCACCGGUACAGGGACAGCCGGCGACGUCGAAACCUACAUCCCCACGCUUCCCGACAAACCGUUGACCCAGACGUCGUCCAUGCAAGUGUACAUCAUACCAGCCGAAAAGACCCUCUUUGUCCAGGGCUUCACGGCCAACGAAUUCGCCGAACGGCCCCCCACCUUGCUUAGGGGCACCCUCUACGUCCGGGUGUUGAAACCCAGCAAGGUCAAGUCCAUCACCCUCACGUUCAAGGGCCAGCAGCGCACGGAGUGGCCCGAGGGUAUCCCCCCCAAGCGCACCACGUUCAGCGAGAUCAACGACAUCGUGUCCCACACCUGGCCGUUCUUCCAGCAGGGCCAGUUCUCGGGCCCAAACAACGGUGCUGACGUGUACCGCGAGCCUGACGGCUCUACCACCGCUGGUUACAACGCAGACCACGACAUCUCCCAGUUGAAUCUCGCAGACACCUUCUCCCGCUCUUCCUCACCGUCCAUGGACCCCCAGGCUGGCAACUUCUUCACCCGCAACCUCUCCCCCAGCUUCGUCCGCCGUGCAGCGUCGCCUGCUCCUGAAGCAGGCUCUAUCUUCAACGAGUUGAGCACCACCGCCAGCGCCAGCGAGUCCGACCCCAAAACAGGCCACUUUGCUCCCGGCGACUAUAUCUACAACUUCGAGCAUCCGCUUCCGCCUUCCACACCUGAAACAUGCUCCGUCACCUUUGGUUCAGUCGAGUACCACUUCGAAGCCACCGUCACCAGAGCAGGCACCUUCAAGUCCAACUUGAACGCACGUUUACCUAUAGAGAUCGUCAGAACGCCUGCGGAAUUUAACCUAGAAGAAAACGAACCAAUUGUCAUCAGCAGAGACUGGGAAGACCAGCUUAGGUACGAUAUCGUGGUGGGAGGUAAGUCGGUGAUCCUCAACUCCUACCUUCCUCUAGCAUUUAGAUUCGUGCCGUUGUGGGGAAAGGUGGCUCUCCACAGAAUCAGAGUCUACUUGACGGAAAACUUAGAAUACUACUGCCAGAAUAAAAAGGUCCAUAGAAUGGAACCUCCUAAGAAGUACUUGUUGUUAGAGCACAAGGCUAAAAAAGGCAAAUCUUUGUUGAGUGCAGGUGGUGGCAAUGAUGACUCCGAAUCCCCUGAUGUCGAUGAUGAAGUGCUCCCAAAAGAAUUGGAAUUUCAAUUGUAUGUUCCCAGAGUGUUGAAUGAAAAGUUCACCCACGAAAUCCAUCCGGAUACUUCCCUUGACACCAUUCAAGCCCAUCACUGGAUCAAGAUUUGCUUAAGAAUCUCCAGGAAAGACCCCGAAAAACCAGAAAAGCGGAAGCACUAUGAAAUAUCGAUCGACUCGCCCAUUCAUAUUCUUUCGCCAUUAGCAGCACACGGAAAUACUUUAUUGCCAGCAUAUGACAACGGAUCUGCCCCUAGUAACAUAUCGUUACCUAAUUAUUCAGAGAAUUCCCCACCGCUUUCACCCGAGGUCCAGCCUAUCGAUGGAACCCAUCCACCAAAUCCAUUAUUACCUGGUGUAAACAGAUCGGAUACUACUCUUUCUUUAGAUGCAAUGAUUCAGCCAACAUUCUACCAUCUCAAUUCUGCAUUGAAUAACGAUGACCCGAUAGAAAGAGACGGAAAAAUGCAUCUUGAGGCCAACUUAUACAAACCUAAGAAAAUUCCCACUCCACUCCAAUCCCCUCAAGCUACACCCCAUCCAGGAACAUUCCUGAGUCCAUUGAACUCGCCUAUCCAAAGACCUAUUCAUUUGCUCAGAAAACCAUCUGUCAACCCACCACCAUUCAAUCCCGAUUUGGAUCCUUCGACUGCUAUAAACAUCGCCCCUCCACCAGCGUAUGAGGAAGAGGACUCCUUAUCAUUGUCACCAUUGCGCAUCAGCGUUACAGCCCCAGGUAGGGCCAGUCCGCCAGUUGUGAAUAACAUAAAUGUUAUUCCAGCUUCACCAUUGCAGGAAACUCCUGUAAAGGACAUGCUAAGCAAGCAGCUCAAUGCAAGGCCUGCUGAGGACUUGUCUCCUCGUGAACCCAAAAGGUCCUUGGAACAAGCUUUACUGGAUCUAGACAAAGACUCAACAGAGGAAGAUCAGGCCAAUAGGCUUGAGGUUCCAGAUGAGCGGGCAAGUAUAGACAUCACAGAUACUCCAGGAUCCCCUCUUGUACCACCUGAAAGUAUAGGAUCAGGCUUGAACUCCGCCGCGAUGUCUCGCAGGUCAUCAAUCACCUCGUUAAACUCGCUGACGUCUGAUUUACCGGUAGACCAGACGAUUCCACUCUUGGCAUUACAUGCCUCGUCUGCAACUAUCGAUGACUUGGCGUAUCGAAAUGGAUCGGUCAAUUCUUUGAUGUAUGAUUACAGUUCUAGAAGACCCAGCCACCCUCACAUUGCAGGCUCGAACAUGUUGGAUUUGGUUGAUGGGAAAAAUUUGACUGACGGGAUCUUUGAGAUCCAUGAGAAUUUACUGGGGCUCCGCAACCCUCGUAUCAAGAGGCACUAUCAAGAC